AUGCCAUUCACAACACAGGCCCUCGUCUCGCGAGAGGUAAACGUCGAGCCGAAGCUGGAGGAGAUCACCCUCGACCGGAUUCGCGCCGACGAGGUGCUCGUCGAGAUCCACGCGACCGGCAUCUGCCAUACAGACUUCUCCUGCAUGAACGGGACGCUCCCUGCCGUCGGCGACAAGGUCAAGCACGUCAACAAGAAUGACAAGGUCCUGCUCAGCUUCGACCACUGCGGCGCUUGCGGGCAGUGCGACCAAGGCCAUCCAGCCUACUGUGCCGAAUGGGUUCCUCGCAACUUUGGCCAGAAGCGACCGGACGGAAGCCUGACCAUCGCCGACUCGAACGGUAAGCAGUUACAUGGGUCCUUCUUCGGACAGAGCUCCUUUGCCCGGCACUCCAUCGUCAGCAGUAGCUCGGUCGUCAAGGUUCCCGCAGAGACACGGCUGGACCUGUUUUCGCCUCUGGGGUGUGGUAUCCAGACCGGUGCUGGGGCUAUCCUCAACACGCUGGACGUGCAGCCGGGCAAGUCGGUCGCCGUCUUCGGCGUGGGCUCGGUGGGAAUGAGUGCUGUCAUGGCAGCGAAGCUGAGAAACGCAAAGACGAUAAUUGCGGUUGAUCUCCAACCGCAGAGACUAGAGGCUGCGAAGAAGCUAGGCGCGACGCAUACCGUUGUCGGAUCCGAGAGCGAUGUCGUGGCCCAGAUCCAGAAGAUCUCUGGCAGCAAUGGCGUCGAUUACUCGGUCGACUGUGCCGGUAUCCCUCAGGUCGUCGAGAAAGCGCUGGACUGCCUUGGAACUCGCGGAAAGGCCGCCACUGUUGGUGCCCCGAGCCCUGGUGUGCGUGCUGGAGUGGACGUCUUUUCCCAUCUGGUCAUGGGCCGUCAGUAUCUGGGAUGCUGUGAGGGAGACAGUGAUACCCAGAAAUUCCUGCCAUACCUUAUUGAGCAACACGCCCAGGGGCAGUUCCCCCUGGACGAGAUGGUCACAUACUACCCCGUCAAUGAAUACCAGAGGGCGUUCAAGGAAGUUAAAGAAGGAAAGGCGCUGAAGGGGGUUCUCCUAUGGAAGUAG